GAGGCCGCGGCCAGGCUGCUGGGCCCAGGGAGAGCCUGCCUGAGAGGAGACUGUGAGCGAGGCCUGGGCCGCGCGGCCUGCUGGAGCCCCGGGCACCAUGAACGACGUGGCCAUCGUGAAGGAGGGCUGGCUGCACAAACGAGGGGAGUACAUCAAAACCUGGCGGCCCCGCUACUUCCUGCUGAAGAACGACGGCACCUUCAUUGGCUACAAGGAGCGGCCGCAGGAUGUGGACCAGCGCGAGUCCCCCCUCAACAACUUCUCCGUGGCACAAUGCCAGCUGAUGAAGACGGAGCGGCCCAGGCCCAACACCUUCAUCAUCCGCUGCCUGCAGUGGACCACGGUCAUCGAGCGCACCUUCCACGUGGAGACGCCUGAGGAGCGGGAGGAGUGGACGACCGCCAUCCAGACGGUGGCCGACGGACUUAAGAAGCAGGAGGAGGAGAUGAUGGACUUCCGGUCGGGCUCACCCAGUGACAACUCCGGGGCUGAAGAGAUGGAGGUGUCCCUGGCCAAGCCCAAGCACCGCGUGACCAUGAACGAGUUCGAGUACCUGAAGCUGCUGGGCAAGGGCACCUUCGGGAAGGUGAUCCUGGUGAAGGAGAAGGCCACCGGCCGCUACUACGCCAUGAAGAUCCUGAAGAAGGAGGUCAUCGUGGCCAAGGACGAGGUGGCCCACACGCUCACCGAGAACCGCGUCCUCCAGAACUCCAGGCACCCUUUCCUCACGGCCCUGAAGUACUCCUUCCAGACCCAUGACCGCCUCUGCUUUGUCAUGGAGUACGCCAACGGGGGCGAGCUCUUCUUCCACCUGUCCCGCGAGCGCGUGUUCUCCGAGGACCGGGCCCGCUUCUACGGCGCCGAGAUCGUGUCGGCCCUGGACUACCUGCACUCAGAGAAGAACGUGGUGUACCGGGACCUCAAGCUGGAGAACCUCAUGCUGGACAAGGACGGGCACAUCAAGAUCACGGACUUCGGGCUGUGCAAGGAGGGCAUCAAGGACGGCGCCACCAUGAAGACCUUCUGCGGCACGCCCGAGUACCUGGCCCCUGAGGUGCUGGAGGACAACGACUACGGCCGGGCCGUGGACUGGUGGGGGCUGGGCGUGGUCAUGUACGAGAUGAUGUGCGGCCGCCUGCCCUUCUACAACCAGGACCACGAGAAGCUCUUCGAGCUCAUCCUCAUGGAGGAGAUCCGCUUCCCGCGCACGCUCGGCCCCGAAGCCAAGUCCCUGCUCUCGGGGCUGCUCAAGAAGGACCCUAAGCAGAGGCUCGGUGGGGGCUCCGAGGACGCCAAGGAGAUCAUGCAGCACCGCUUCUUCGCCGGCAUCGUGUGGCAGGACGUGUACGAGAAGAAGCUCAGCCCGCCCUUCAAGCCCCAGGUCACAUCGGAGACGGACACCAGGUAUUUUGACGAGGAGUUCACGGCCCAGAUGAUCACCAUCACGCCGCCCGACCAAGACGACAGCAUGGAGUGCGUGGACAGCGAGCGGAGGCCGCACUUUCCUCAGUUCUCCUACUCGGCCAGCGGCACGGCCUGAGGCGGCCACCGGGCAGCCACGGCUCUGCUCCGGACAGCGGCUCCACGGCCAGAGGAGGCCCCAGGCGGAUGGCGCGCGUUGAAUGGUUUUAUUCCCGGGGUGUGUCUGAGAGGAGCCACGCCAUCCUCCCGAGCACGGUGGAAAGAUGCUUCGUGCUGUGGGCAGCAUCCUUGGGGAAGAAAAUUGCCCUGCAAUUUUCCUUAAUUUAUUUCAUCCAAUUUGUGCUCCUGAUGUGGCCUUGGGCCUCAGAACAAUUAGAUUUUCGUAGGAAAACGUUCAGGACUUCUGCAGCCACGUGCAGUGGGUCCGGGGUCCAGGCAGGUCCUGCCGCUGCCCCAGCCCCGCCCCGCCCCGUUAGCCCGUCUCACCAACUGGCCCUGGCUGUCACCUGGGUCUAGCGCACCAGAAGCAACCUCAUAGUGGCAUGCUGGCUGGUACCCUCGGGGGGGCACGUGGCAGCCCCCCAGGACUAAGGCCAUGCCUGCAAGGAUGUCCUCAGAGGCUGGCCCCCCUGAGACAGGACCUGGGGUGGGGGUUGGGCCAGGGUUCGCCCAACAGGACAGAGAAACAAGGUUUAAAUUUGUUGCUGUGUAUUACGUUGUUCAGAUGCAUUGGCGGGUGGUUAAUCUUAGUAAAAAGAAAGCCCCCUCCAUCCCACCCCUUCUCCCUCCUGUGUCGCGGUCUUGGUGGCCGUCCCACCGAGCACCUCCCGCUCAGACGACUCCUCCACAGUAGCACUUGUCUUCUAGACGCUUACUUUCAGCUGUGCGCCCAGGCCCCCGCUCCCUUCUGCAGGGAGGCUGGCACUGGGCCCCCACGCCCCUCCCAGCCAGAUGCUGCCGCCGCCGCCGCUGCACCUUGGCGUUUUUUUACGACAUUCAACUUUAGUAUUUUUACUAUUAUAAUAUGAAA